GCAACGUCUGUAGCUAGGUUACCUUAGCUAGUUGUUCGACUUCUCCACAGAUCUGUAAACAAACACAGAUUGUUGUGUAUUUAUUGUUAUUUUUCUCAACCAGACAGCGCCGAGGAUCAUAAUCUUGUGUUGUGUGUGAGUCACUGAAGAUGAUUAACUCAUCUCUGAGUGCUUUGGGUGCAGAAGUUGUCGUCGUUGCAUCCAGUGAUGAGAAUCAGCCACCAGAAAACAUCACUGACGGAAACACCAACACGUUUUGGAUGUCCACCGGGAUGUUUCCUCAAGAGUUCAUCAUCCGCUUUGCUGAACCCACGAAUCUCUCUGCUGUGACAGUGGACAGCUAUAAUGUGAAGCAUCUAAAGAUAGAAAAGAACACCUCACAAAAUGCUUCUCAAUUUGAGUCUGUCACAGAGAAAGAAUUUGAACAUACAGAGGGACAUCUUCAGUCCAAUGCCAUUUCGCUAAAUGGAAGCAGCGCAACCCACCUUCGUUUUAUCAUCACCUCAGGAUAUGAUCACUUUGUCUCAGUGCACAGAGUCAGUGUACAAAAUUGACACACUUGAUUGUUGUGAAUUAAAUCCUCAUUUUUGUAUAUACUGUA